AUGGCGCGAGGUGAAGAGGCGCUAAGGCGCUUUGUGAUGGCGGGGACGGAGGACACGGAUGACUCCAGUGCUUCGCUGGACCAGAUACUCACGACCCCGGAGCCUGGGAAAGACUGCGACAAUGGGGCCCCCGACUUGAGAUUGGGUUCGUCCUACUGGCAGAGCAGCGACAGGUUUCCGUACGUCUGCGCCAUGGCUGCAACCUUCACGUUGCUUGCUGGCGUUGCUGUCGACUCGGCGUACCCGUUCCAGAUUUGA